GACGCAGUGAGCGCGCUCUGCGUAUGACGUAACGCUUCCAUUUAAAAGCGUGCGCGCGGCGGAAGCGCGCUCUCUUCCCACGGCUUCUGCCCAACAUGGCGCCGCAGAAAGACAAGAAGCCUAAGAAGUCAACCUGGAGGUUUCAUUUGGACCUUACUCAUCCAGUAGAAGAUGGAAUUUUUGAUUCUGGAAAUUUUGAACAGUUUCUCCGGGAGAAGGUUAAAGUCAAUGGAAAAACUGGAAAUCUUGGAAAUGUUGUUCACAUUGAACGCUUGAAGAAUAAAAUCACAGUUGUUUCUGAGAAACAGUUCUCUAAAAGGUAUUUGAAGUAUCUUACCAAGAAAUACCUUAAGAAGAAUAACCUCCGUGAUUGGCUUCGUGUGGUUGCAUCUGACAAGGAGACUUACGAACUUCGUUAUUUCCAGAUUAGUCAAGAUGAAGAUGGGUCAGAGUCGGAGGACUAGUUGGCCUUUGCUUUUAAUAACAUGAAAAUGAGCUAAGGAAAUUGGAUUUUGUCAGCAAAUAAAAAUCAUUUUACUCUAAAA